UGCCAAAUGUUUUAUUUGAGCGCUUGCAUCAGUUUUGAGGUUCCUAGAGAAUGUCAUCCUUAUAAUCAAAUCAAAUGGUCUUACAUAAACUUUGUUGAUUCCACAGCUUCAGCUGAACUGUGAGGGAACCCGGUUUACGGCAGAGAGGCACCAGACGUCCAUGGAGGUUGCCAGAAGCAAGGGCCUGCCUGAACUGAAACAUCACCUUCUGCCUCGUACCAAGGGUUUUAAGCUGUGUGCUCGAGUCGGCAGGAAGUACAUUCAAGCAUUUUAUGACGUCGAGUAUCACUUUGACAGUGGCAUUCCGGAGCCGACAAUGAUGGACGUGCUGAGGGGAAAGCCACAUCACUUACAUAUCUACUGCCGAAGGAUACCAAUAGAAGAGAUCCCAGAAGAUGAUGAGGCUUGUGCCAAGUACUGCCACGAGCUGUAUAGGAUAAAGGACACCAAUUACGAGUACUUUGAGCGACAUGGGCGGUUCCCAGAGAAGACGUAUGAGAUACCUCGCAGGCCACACUCGGUUCUCGUCUUCAUCUCCGUGUCUGUCCUGCUCGCUGUGCCCCCGAUGAAGUGUCUGUUGGAUGUGAUCCUGACCGGAUCAAUGUACAUGAUUGCUGGAGUCGUCCUGGGUGGACUUCUUGGUACGGUUGUGUGGUACAACACGUAUUAGUUUGGUGUUACUCCAUUAAUUUGCUAUUGUUUAAAAAGUUGUUUGUACUCAAACAAUAUAUUUAUAGACAUAAAUCCAUGGAGCAAUAACAGUAUUAUGACAUAAAUACAUGUAAGUCCAUGAUUGCUAGAUGACUUUUUGGACUAUAGAUUAACUCCUAGGAUCAGGUGGGAUGAAGGGGGCAUUAUAAAGCUAGAAUGUCACGAAAUAUAUUUUCAGGAACUAAAGAAAAACGAAAAACGUCAAAAAUUGUACAUGACCACCACGUUUUCUUCAGCAUCUAUCCCUUUGCAAACAUUCAUUUUCCUUUGAAUGCCAGAUUUCCAUUUCUACGUUGUAAAAAAGUCCUCGCAAGAAAUGCAAUAUUUCACUUAACCAAUACUUCGCCGAAUAAAUGUCUCCAAGUGUAACGUGUUAUUUUUGUAUCUUAUAAUUUUAGUGCUGCUAUGGACGUGGUGGCUUAUGGAGGUAUUGUUACCGAACUUCCUGAGAUUCCAGGUACAGAAUCAUCGUCAAAAGUGACAAGAAAGCAGCAAUGGCCUGCAACUUCACCGGACAACAAAAAUAGAAAAGGUUGCAGAGGAGCCGGGGGUACCGAUAUUUUUAAUCUGACUUGAGUUGAAAUGACACUUUUCUUAGUCCUACGUACCUACCUUCACCCUAGAUCCACAGGUCGUUCGUUUGGAAAGGAAGAAGUACACAUGGAGAUAGAUAGCUUUCGUCUCUCUGUUGUAGUAAGCACUUCGAGCAGGCUUUGGGAGUGUCACCCUUUACUGCUAUCUUGCAAGACUUUUGGCCUUCAACCACUGGAAAAGCAUCGAUCAAAGGCAGGUGAAAAAUUAUAAACUAUAUCCUCACGUUCCAAAAUCAACUGUGACAUAAUUCAU